UCGGUUCCUCUCGGCUCUCGCCCCCCUCCCCUCCCUACAGCUGGCGGCGGGGGCUGCUCCUCGCAGAGCUCUGGGCCGGCUCUGUCAGCUGGGGCCCCCUGCGGCCGGCUGUGUCCCUCGCCGCUAGGACCUGCCAGUCUGCGCGCCAUGGCAGCGGCGGCAGCAUCCCCGCCAGCAUCCCCGCCAGCGGCGGCGGCGGUGGCGUCCACAGCCACCGCGGAUGCUAUUGUUCCCUAGUGUUAGUUGCUCUUUGGCUGCUUUUCAUCUGGAGCGAACAAUAGCAGCAGAGAGAGCUUUGCCUUCUCUUCUGGUGGAGAAAGAAGGACCGUCCCCUGCGAGAGUACUGCGGCUCCGGAGGCUGGAGCGGCUGCGGACAGCAUGGGGCUGCGAGCCGGGCGCCUGGCGUCCCCGAGCCGGGGCGUCCUGCAGCUGCUGCGGCUGCCACUGCUCUUGCUGCUCCUGCUGAGCUCCGGCGCCCGCGGGGCUGCGGCGCAGGGAGACUCCGAGGUGCCCACCCUCUAUCUCUGGAAGACGGGUCCCUGGGGACGGUGUAUGGGAGAUGACUGUGGACCAGGCGGCAUCCAGACCCGGGCUGUGUGGUGUGCUCACGUGGAAGGCUGGACAACACUGCAUACGAACUGCAAGCAGGCUGGGAGACCCAGUAACCAGCAAAACUGUUUCAAGGUGUGUGACUGGCACAAAGAGUUGUAUGACUGGAGGCUGGGGCCCUGGAAUCAGUGUCAGCCCGUGAUUUCCAAAAGCCUGGAGAAAGCUCGAGAAUGUGUGAAGGGAGAGGAAGGCAUCCAGGUGAGAGAGAUAACCUGCAUCCAAAAGGACAAGGACAUCCCCGCAGAGGACAUCAUCUGCGAGUACUUUGAGCCCAAGCCCCUCCUGGAACAGGCCUGCCUCAUCCCUUGUCAGCAAGACUGCAUCGUGUCUGAGUUCUCGGCCUGGUCCGAGUGCUCCAGGACCUGCGGCAGCGGCCUGCAGCACCGAACCAGGCACGUGGUCGCCCCGCCACAGUUUGGAGGCUCCGGCUGUCCCAACCUCACCGAGUUCCAGGUGUGCCAGUCCAACCCCUGCGAGGCGGAGGAAAGCAUGUAUAGCUUGCAAGUUGGGCCCUGGAGCGCAUGCUCCGUGCCACACUCACGGCAAACCAGGCAAGCCAGGCGUCGUGGCAAGAACAAAGAGCGGGAGAGGGAGAGAGGCAAAGCCGUGAAGGACCCAGAGGCCCGUGAGCUCAUCAAGAAGAAGAGGAACAGAAACAGACAAAACAGACAGGAGAACAGAUACUGGGACAUCCAGAUUGGGUAUCAGACCAGGGAUGUGAUGUGCACGAACAAGACUGGGAAAGCUGCGGAUCUCAGCUUUUGCCAACAAGAGAAACUGCCCAUGACCUUCCAGUCCUGUGUGAUCACCAAAGAGUGCCAGGUGUCCGAGUGGUUGGAAUGGAGCCCAUGUUCAAAAACAUGCCACGAUGUCACAUCCCCCACAGGCACUCGUGUCAGGACAAGGACCAUCAGGCAGUAUCCAAUUGCAAGUGAAAAGGAAUGUCCAGAACUUGAGGAGAAAGAACCCUGUUUGUCUCAGGGAGAUGGAGCUGUCCUCUGUGCUAUGUAUGGCUGGAGAACUACAGAGUGGACCGAGUGCCACGUGGACCCUUUGCUCAGUCAGCAGGACAAGAGACGUGCCAAUCAGACAGCCCUCUGUGGAGGUGGCAUCCAGACCCGGGAGGUAUACUGCAUACAAACUAACGACAACCUGCUCUCCCACUUAAAUACACAGAAGGACAAAGAAGCUUCAAAACCAGUGGACUCAAAAUUAUGCAGUGGCCCUGUUCCUAACACCACACAGCUGUGCCACCUUCCUUGUCCAGUGGAAUGUGAGGUUUCACCCUGGUCUGCCUGGGGACCUUGUACUUACGAGAACUGUAAUGACCAACAAGGGAGAAAAGGAUUCAAACUAAGGAAGCGGCGCAUUACGAAUGAGCCUACUGGAGGUUCAGGGGCAACUGGAAACUGCCCUCACUUACUGGAAGCCAUUCCCUGUGAAGAGCCAGCCUGCUAUGACUGGAAAGCAGUGAGACUUGGAGACUGUGAACCAGAUAAUGGAAAAGACUGUGGGCCAGGCACUCAAGUUCAAGAGGUUGUAUGCAUCAACAGUGAUGGAGAAGAAGUGGACAGACAGCUAUGCAGAGAUGCAAUCUUUCCCAUUCCUGUGGCCUGCGAUGCGCCAUGCCCAAAGGACUGUGUGCUCAGUGCAUGGUCCACAUGGUCCUCCUGUUCACACACCUGCUCUGGGAAAACCACAGAAGGGAAACAGAUCCGAGCUCGCUCCAUUCUGGCCUAUGCAGGUGAAGAAGGUGGAAUCCGCUGCCCAAACAGCAGUGCCUUGCAAGAGGUGCGCAGCUGUAAUGAGCAUCCUUGCACUGUGUAUCACUGGCAAACUGGUCCCUGGGGUCAGUGUAUAGAGGACACAUCAGUGUCAUCCUUCAAUACAACUACAACAUGGAAUGGGGAGGCCUCAUGUUCUGUGGGCAUGCAGACACGAAAAGUCAUCUGUGUUCGAGUCAACGUGGGCCAAGUGGGACCCAAGAAGUGUCCUGAAAGCCUUCGGCCUGAAACAGUGAGGCCUUGCUUACUUCCUUGUAGGAAGGAUUGUAUCGUGACCCCAUACAGUGACUGGACGCCAUGUCCCUCUUCAUGCAGAGAAGGGGACUCUGGAACCAGGAAGCAGUCUCGACAUCGGGUCAUCAUUCAGCUACCAGCCAAUGGAGGCCGGGACUGCUCAGACCCUUUAUAUGAAGAAAAGGCUUGUGAGGCCCCUCCCACGUGUUACAGCUACAGGUGGAAGACACACAAAUGGCGCAGGUGUCAAUUAGUUCCUUGGAGCAUCCAACAGGAUGUCCCUGGAGCUCAGGAAGGCUGUGGGCCUGGACGGCAGGCAAGAGCCAUUACUUGUCGAAAGCAAGAUGGAGGGCAGGCUAGCAUCCAGGAGUGCCUCCAGUAUGCAGGCCCUGUGCCAGCCCUGACUCAGGCUUGCCAGAUCCCCUGCCAAGAUGACUGUCAAUUUACCAGCUGGUCCAAGUUUUCUUCAUGCAAUGGAGACUGCGGUGCAGUUAGGACCAGAAAGCGUGCUAUUGUUGGAAAAAGCAAAAAGAAGGAAAAAUGUAAAAACUCCCAUUUGUACCCUCUGAUUGAGACUCAGUAUUGUCCUUGUGACAAAUACAAUGCGCAGCCUGUGGGAAACUGGUCAGACUGUAUUUUACCGGAAGGGAAGUCCGAAGUGCUGUUGGGAAUGAAGGUACCAGGAGACAACAAGGAAUGUGGACAAGGAUACCGUUACCAAGCGAUGGCGUGCUACGAUCAAAAUGGCAGACUCGUGGAAACAUCGCGAUGCAACAGCCAUGGUUACAUAGAAGAAGCAUGCAUCAUCCCCUGCCCCUCAGACUGCAAGCUCAGUGAGUGGUCCAACUGGUCUCGCUGCAGUAAGUCCUGUGGCAGCGGCGUGAAGGUCAGGUCCAAGUGGCUUCGAGAAAAGCCUUAUAAUGGAGGAAGGCCUUGCCCCAAACUGGACCAUGUCAACCAGGCACAGGUGUAUGAGGUCGUCCCGUGCCACAGUGACUGCAACCAGUACAUAUGGGUCACAGAGCCAUGGAGUGUCUGCAAGGUGACCUUUGUGGACAUGCAAGAGAACUGUGGAGAGGGUGUGCAGACCCGAAAAGUGAGAUGCAUGCAGAAUACAGCAGAUGGCCCUUCUGAACAUGUGGAGGAUUACCUAUGUGACCCAGAAGAUAUGCCCCUGGGCUCUAGAGAGUGUAAACUACCAUGCCCUGAGGACUGUGUGAUAUCUGAGUGGGGGCCAUGGACCCAGUGUGCUUUGCCUUGCAAUCCAGGUGGUUCCCGGCAAAGGUCGGCUGAGCCUAUCAGACAGCCUGCUGAUGAAGGAAGAAUCUGCCCCAAUGCCGUGGAGAAAGAGCCCUGUAAUCUGAACAAAAACUGCUACCACUAUGACUACAACGUCACAGACUGGAGUACAUGUCAGCUGAGCGAAAAGGCAGUUUGUGGAAAUGGCAUAAAAACAAGGAUGUUGGACUGUGUUCGAAGUGAUGGCAAGUCUGUUGACCUGAAAUAUUGUGAAGAGCUUGGCCUAGAGAAGAACUGGCAAAUGAACACAUCCUGCAUGGUGGAAUGCCCUUUGAACUGUCAGCUUUCAGACUGGUCUCCUUGGUCAGAAUGCUCUCAAACAUGUGGACUCACAGGAAAAAUGAUUCGAAGACGAACAGUGACCCAGCCCUUUCAAGGUGAUGGGAGACCUUGCCCUUCGCUGAUGGAACAGUCCAAGCCUUGCCCAGUGAAGCCAUGCUAUCGUUGGCAGUAUGGCCAGUGGUCUCCAUGCCAAGUUCAGGAGGCCCAGUGUGGAGAAGGAACCAGGACACGGAAUAUUUCUUGUGUAGUGAGUGAUGGCUCAGCUGAUGAUUUCAGCAAAGUUGUCGAUGAAGAAUUCUGCACUGACAUUGAGCUCAUCGUAGAUGGUAAUAAACAGAUAGUGCUGGAGGAAACCUGCACCCAGCCUUGCCCAGGUGACUGCUAUUUGAAUGACUGGUCUUCAUGGAGUCUGUGUCAGCUGACAUGUGUGAAUGGUGAGGAUCUUGGCUUUGGUGGAAUACAGGUCCGAUCCAGAGCAGUGAUUAUACAGGAACUGGAGAAUCAACAUCUGUGCCCAGAGCAGAUGUUAGAAACAAAGCCAUGUGAUGAUGGACAGUGCUACGAGUAUAAGUGGAUGGCGAGUGCUUGGAAGGGCUCCUCUCGAACAGUCUGGUGUCAAAGGUCAGAUGGUGUAAAUGUAACAGGUGGCUGCUUGGUGGUGAGCCAGCCUGAUGCUGACAGGUCUUGUAACCCACCCUGUAGCCAACCCCACUCAUACUGUAGUGAGAUGAAGGCAUGUCGUUGUGAAGAAGGGUACACUGAAGUCAUGUCCUCCAACAGCACCCUUGAGCAAUGUACACUUAUCCCAGUGGUGGUGAUUCCCACUGUGGAGGACAAAAGAGGAGACGUGAAAACCAGUCGGGCAGUUCACCCGACCCAACCCUCCACUAACCCAGCAGGACGGGGCAGGACCUGGUUUCUACAGCCCUUUGGACCAGAUGGGAGACUAAAGACCUGGGUUUAUGGUGUCGCAGCAGGGGCAAUUGUGCUGUUAGUCUUCAUUGUCUCCAUGAUUUAUCUAGCUUGCAAAAAGCCAAAGAAACCCCAAAGACGACAAAACAACCGCCUCAAACCUUUAACCUUAGCAUAUGAUGGAGACGCCGAUAUGUAACAUUGAAUAUUCCUGGAAACAACCAAGCUUGGCCUUUUGCCUUUGAGUAGACAUCCAGGGGCCACAGUGCCAGUAUUCAAAUUAUGAAUUAUAAUUCACUUUAACUGUUAUGAACACUAUCAUUAAGAAAAAAAGGAGAAAGCCCUACUCCCACUGGGAACAUUCAAGACAGUGCCACUGACAUAUAGAGUCAACCUUGAGAAUUCUAGGAGAUGAAGUGGAAUGCAUGUUGUGUCUUGAGAGUUUUGUAUCAUCUUUUCAGAAAUCCACCAAUUGGAAAAAAAAAACACUUUUGGUUUCUAAAAAGCAGUGAGGAAAUUGGCCAAUUUGGAAGCCAGAUGCAAGACUGCUUACAGCACUAACCCACAGAACUUUCUAGCAUGAAGAGUUCAUAAUGAAGGCUUUUCAAUUCUACACUUAAGUAUAACAACAUGUAUACUCAAUCAAAUGACUUACAAUAUGAUGUCAUCUUAUAUACUUGUUAAUAAUCAACUUUUAACAGUAAAGAAGACAUAAGCCCUAUGCUAGAUGAAGAACCCAUUGAACAAUUUAGCAUCUUCAUGGUUGAUGGUAGCUUUUAUUGGCCUGCAUUUCAGAGACAAACUGUUUUUAUAAGACUAUUCUUGUCUCUCUCCAAUGUAUGAAUGCUGGACAUGUACUAGGACCUUAGAAGACAGAAUCCUCAAGUUCGGUAUUUUAUAGCAGUUAUUGUCUAGAAAACAAAUAUGCUUGUGUUAAUACAUUUCUACUUUCCCUAAUUUCACACUGGUUGCCUACAUCUUUUUUGCUAUAUGGAAGGCACAUUUUGCACUAUAUUAGUGCAGCAUGAUAGGCCCUUAACCAGUGUUGCCAUAGAAACUGCCUCUUUUCAUAUGGGAUGAAGACAUCUGUGCCAAGAGUGCUGUGGAGACAUUUGCAAGCUUUUGUUCUCUGAAGAGAGUUAGUUCAGUCUUGAUGGUAACAGGAUCGAAUCUGCUAUGACAUCUGCUGUCUGCACUCUCCCUUCUCACUACGGCCACUAUGAAAUUGACAACAUGGCAAGAGUUCAAGUGCUGAAAUCCCUAACCAUCAGCCUCCCAAAGGUGGAACCCCCUGGUUGGGUUGCAAUUGCUCUUGGAAGGCUGUUUCUGAUGAGAUUUAUAUAUUUGUUAUCUUUGUUUUAAAAAAAAAAAAAAAAAAGAAGAAGAAAAAAGAAAAAAGGACUGGUUGUCGUCAUGAUUUUGAGCACAUGGAGAAAAUGGUGUAUCAGUGAUUUUUUUCUAACAAAACAAAUCAAAGUUAGGUGUGAGCUUUUCUUUCUUCCUAAUUUGCUUUCUCCGUGUGAGGUUGGCAUUCUGUCAGGUAGGCCGUAUUUCCCAGUCAUGGCCUUUUGCCCUUCUCAUGGCUGAAAACUGAAGUAGCAUGAUGUUAAAACCUAAAAUUUAAAAAGAGAAGAGUGAAGGAUCUCAUCCAGAGCUUGCUUAAAUAUCUAGAGAAAGGGUUCCAAGCUUUUUAAGCAGAAGAUCAAACAGGACAUGUUCUCAGUCAGGUCUGUAGUUGAGCUCACAACACUGUGACUGUGCAAUGUUGCCAGAGAAGAUACUCAGCGGGAAAAACAGUGACAUCACUGUUUUCCAGUACAGCUUCCUUUCAACAAAAACCAACAGGCUAUAUUUACAUGUCUUAGUUUGCGGACCCACCUUACACUCUAGGAGUUUUUUGUUUUGUUUUGGUUUGGUUUUUCGAGACAGAGUUUCUCUGUGUAGCUUUGUGCCUUUUCCUGGAACUCACGCUGUAGCCCAGGCUGGCCUCGAACUCACAGAGAUCCACCUGCCUCUGCCCUAGGAGCUUUUUUAGAGCUAGCUCUACAUUAUAUAGUUGCUAGUUUUAGGUUGUUUACUCUCUGUCUACCAGAUUUAAUCUCACAGGUCACAAUUUAUAGUCAUUACUUAUGAUUGCUUCGGACAUGGCUCUAUGUUCACUGGUAUAGCCCAGGAAUUGCCACUAUGGGAUAUAUCUCCUUUCUUCUAUAAAGGAAGUUAAACUAUAACAUGAAAAAAAAAACAGUCACAUAUUUCUGGCAGUAACUACUACAAUUAGCCUCUGAUAGGGACCAUUAUGCUUUCCAGUCUUUAAAACACAGUAAACACCUUUUGGGUUUUGUUUUGUUUUGUGUUGUGUUGAUUUGUUUUGUUUUGUUUUGUUUUGUUUUUAAUCUUAAACGUGUCUGUAUUGCUGGAACUGUGGUUUGGGUGGUGAGGUAUUUGCCUUCAUAGACUGAGCAUGAGCUCCCUCUGCUGUCCAUUAGAACAGCCUUUUCUGCAAAGAUUACAAAAGAAUUCUGAGUAAGAGGAUGUUGUCAUCUCCCAAACGAAAAUCUUUAUAUACAAUUCAAUAUGAAAAAAUGUGAUAAUGUUUCUUAUUUAUUCCAAAUGCAAGGCUUUAGAUAAUAAAUGUCAUUUCAAAGAGAGCAGAUGGGAGGGUGAGUUUCACUUUAAGCCAAGGAUUUAGUUGAGGUAAAACAUGAAGAGGAAGAAAAAUAAUAUUGUUAUUCUAAACCUGUGAUUGCUCUCUCUCUCUCUCUCUGUCUCUCUCUCUGUCUCUCUCUCUCUCUCUCUCUCUCUCUCUCUCACACACACACACACACACACACACACACACACACACACACACACAUACACACACAAAAAAAAAUCAGAGGUCUUCCAAAUAAUCCUCAAGUUUAUCUCUUUGGUUAAAAUAAGCUCUGUCUGUCCAAAAUAUUUGAAACAAAAUCCAUUGUGAUUAGGUGAAAAAUUUUAACAAUCUGAUGAAAUGUGGGCAACACCUAGCAAUCUUGAGAUGGGGAAUAAAUUUUUUUUCUUACACAAGCAACAUUUAAGGUAUUUUAUAAAAUGCAAUUAAUUAUAAAGACAAAUCAGUGUUCUCCUACCUGGGACAUAAUAAUAAAAUAAGUUAAGACAUCAAAAGUUAUAAAAUAUUGUGAAGAUGGAAGAUGUUUAUGAAUAAAUAAUUAUAUUUAAAACACUACAUUAAUGUUGGAGACACAUUGGGUAUUCAGUAUCAGGAUAAAUCAAUACUACAUGGAUUCUUGUUAGAAAUGUGGAAAAUAAAAUGUAUCCAUUUGGAUAGUUUGGACAAAGAGUAGGUUAUUAUAAUCAUGUAUAGAUGGCUUUAUUGAGUUUAUAGGGAAAUAAAUACCGGAAUUUCACCAGAACUUUAUUCUCUUGGUUCAUGCAAUAAUUCAGGAGGUAAACAGUAAAACUUCUCUGUUGACCCCUUUGCCUUUCCAAAACAGUCUGUGGGCAGGAAUAAAAGGAGAGGGAGACAUAGAGGGAGGUAAAGAGGGAGAGAAGAAGGGAGGGAGGGAAGGAGGGAGGAAGGAAGGAAGGAAGGAAGGAAGGAAGGAAGGAAGGAAAGAAGGGAGGGGAAGGGGGAGAUUUUCUCCUGGAUUUUAAAAAGAAAGGACAAAUGCAGACAUCUAUAGAAUUUUGCUGGACUGCCCCAGGAAGUGUGGCAUGGCUGAUAUUCCAUGAAAGGGACUGAUUUGCCUAUUCGUCAGUGCCCAUCCAAUAUACUGACUAUAAAUAAGCUCUAUUUCAAAGCUGUUUUGAGUGUAGCUUAAGCUAAUUGAAAAGGAGUACGUUAAAGCAUGUCUUUAAUUAUUUAUAUAGUAAAGCACAAAUUAUUUAUAAGAAGAAAUAUCUAUUGAGUUAUCACAUGUAAGACACUCAGCUGGGCACUUAAUAUUAGUAACGACAUUUGUAUACUUAGGUUGCUAAGACAUGCAAAAGAAAACCAUGCUUCAUGAGAGGCACUUGCAUUGGAACACAUUACCAUAGAUUCUAAGUGUGCUUAGUCUUUUUCCACAGGGGCUCUAACUUUCAAAACAUGCUGUAAGGGGUGGCAAUGGUCACAGUGGCUUAAUCAGAACUGUUAAGUCCCUGAAUAUUUCAAGAUAAAGUCAUUGCUUCUGUAGGAAGAGAGCAGCACUUCCCAUACAUAUGUUUACCUCCUCUGACUUACUGUAUCCCUGGUUCUGUGUGAUGCUUUUCUCUGCCUAGUCUCUCUAAUUCUACCCUCCUAUUUGUUGCUACAACCUUGUCUACUUUUCUCCAAACCACACUUCACUAAAUAUGCCCAAAAUUUGAUAAGGAAAAGUGAAGCAUAUUUAUUAGCUCUUCCUAUUGAAACACAAACGUCAAUUAGAUUGUAAACAUUUUUAUUUCAGUGGACUGCACUUAUCAAAACAAUGAAUAAAGAGUAAAGAAGAGCCAUGUAGGUGGCGUGCCAAGAGAAGAAUAAAAAGAAAGUCUUCAGGGUGAAGAUGUCAAUGUCUGUACUUACAUUGUUACUAGACAGUAUCCUCUUAUUCCCCCUAUUUUCAUCUAAAUCUUUGUUCACUUCCUACUUCACACAACAGGGAAAAAGUCUAAAUCUAUCCCUAAUGAGCAGAAAAGAGAGCCCCUUUCUAGGGAGAGUCCAAGUCUGAAUAGAUUUGCAGAAAUCAUGCUUGCCAGAUGUCCUGGAAUCUCGUUAUCUGUAACGUUCCCGAGUUCAGUUCAAAUGUGUUUUGUCAAGUUUCCCCUUUAAGACUGAGGGAGGAGGCAGCCAGCAGCCCCUGAACAAGUCUCUAAGAGCUCUUGCAGAGCAUGCUUGAGCACUCAGGGUCGAGUCUGGGUGUGAGAACAGACUCUCCCUGCUCCCCUUGUGAUGGUACCCAGCCACCCUGCCAGCCUUCCUGCCUUCAGAUGUCCUGGCUCAGGUCAGGGAUUCGGGCUCCUAACAUUGAGGUGUGGACCCAGCAAGUGGCUUUUUCUUUGUUUUUAUAUUUCUUUUUUGGUUUUUUUUUUUUUAUCAAUAAGCUAUUUGCAAUGAUAAAAAUCAUUCUUGUGUAACAAAGACAGUGGGAAGUGCUUAUGUCUGUAAUAUUAAAUUAAAAAAUGUUAAACAAAUAGAGUUAAAUUUGCAUUUUUAUUCUGUUCUGUCAAGCCAGACCAGAAACCUGGAAACAUCUGAAGCAAGCCACCUUGUCAGUGGGCCAAAACCUACUUUACUUAGAACAUAACUGACUAUAAGUUUUAUUGUUCUGUUUUGUAGUUGUUUGGGUUUCUUUUCUUUGUUUAAGUAUAAUUUAUUUAUUACCUAAUUUGGGGCCUCAAUAAGCUCCCUGGAUAAUUUGUUUUUUGUUUUUGUUUUUUUUUAAUCAAACAUUUAGACUCUCUUUUAGUACAUUUUCCUGUCCCUUUUUAUCACAGAAUUUUUGACGAUAUCAGUAGCCAUUACUGUAAAGUAUAAUUUUAUUAAAUUUGUAAUCAAUCUUUCUUUAAAUUAUAUUGCUCUAAGUGGGUAUACUUUUGUUAAUUUAACUACCUGAAUAUUUAUUUUGCUAGAGUAAGGAGGCAACUGUCUGUGAAUCUUUUGUUAAUAUUUCUUUGUAAAUUGUGUAAUGUAAUUUAUUUUAAAUUAUGUAUACUUAUUUUUUAAUGCACAAGAUAUCUAUGUACAAGUAACUGCAGACUGGCAAAUACUGUCACUGAGCUUUGUGCAGCUAAUGUGGAUGGCGUGUGGAGAUGUAAUGUGCUUUUCUACAUUUUCAUAUGGGUUAUUUGUAAAUAUCUAUAUUGCUGACAGACAUAAAUCGGAAGUCAUUUUCAUUCUAA